GCAAAUUCUAUCUUUCUCGCUCCUCUGUUUCUCUUCAUCCUGCUUUCUAUGGCGGGUCUGCACUCAUCUACGCGUUCUUCAUCUUCUUCGCAGAACUCAUUUGCUUCUAAGCUUCUUCUUCUCUUAACACUCCUUCCCCUGACUCUUGCAUUCUUCGCUUUCCUUCUUCAAUGGCGUGGUGGCGGUGUCCACGAUCCCGUUGCUCGUUGGUCGCCGGAGGAAUCUCACAACUUUCCCGGAAUGGAUACAUCACCUUUGGCUACUGUAGGACACUCUUCGUCUGCUGACUGUGUUAAUCUUGGCAGAAGUUCUUUACCGUCAUUUCCUUAUUAUCAUGAUUGGAAGUUUAAUUUCGGAUCCGAUCUCAAACCCAAGAUAUGCAUAACCACAAGUACAUCCGCGGGUUUGAACCAGAUUCUGCCAUGGAUGUUCUAUCAUAAGGUUAUUGGUGUGAGUACAUUCUUCCUAUUUGUGGAAGGAAAAGCUGCAUCUCCUAGUGUUUCCAAAGUUCUAGAAUCUAUUCCUGGAGUAAAAGUUAUAUAUAGGACUAAAGAGCUAGAAGAACAACAGGCCAAGAGCCGCAUCUGGAAUGAGACAUGGCUAUCUAGCUUCUUUUAUAAACCGUGCAACUACGAACUUUUUGUGAAGCAAUCUCUAAACAUGGAGAUGGCAAUAGUAAUGGCAAGGGAAGCUGGUGUGGAUUGGAUAAUGCACCUUGACACUGAUGAGCUAUUACACCCAGCAGGUGCUAAAGAGUAUUCUCUGAGACAGUUACUACUUGAAGUGCCCUCAAACGUGGAUAUGGUUGUUUUCCCCAAUUAUGAGAGCAGUGUUGAACGAGAUGAUAUCAAAGAACCUUUCACAGAGGUAUCAAUGUUCAAGAAGAAUUAUGAUCAUCUUCCAAAAGAUACAUAUUUUGGAAUGUAUAAGGAAUCAACACGUUCUAAUCCAAACUACUUUUUGACAUAUGGAAAUGGUAAAUCAGCUGCUCGAGUUAAGAAUCACCUUCGUCCUAAUGGUGCUCAUAGAUGGCAUAAUUACAUGAGAACCCCAAAUGAAAUAAAACUUGAAGAGGCUGCCGUUCUACAUUACACAUAUGCUAAGUUCUCAGACUUGACUUCAAGACGUGAUCGAUGUGGCUGCAAGCCUACAAAAGAUGAUGUCAAACGAUGCUUUAUGUUGGAAUUUGACAGAUCUGCCUUCAUAAUUGCUUCAACUGCUACCGAAAAGGAAAUGCUAACCUGGUACCGAGAACAUGUUGUAUGGACAGACAAAGCACUGAACAACAAAUUAAUGAAGAAAGGAAUUUUAACAAGAAUAUACGCUCCCAUGGCUAUAAUCCAAGGUUUAAAGGAGUCAGGUGUUUUCGGUUCAAUUAUUGCUUCAGCACCAUCAAGCCUGACAAAAGACAAGUUCUUGGCUUCUGUCGAUAGUUCAAACUCAACUAGAUCUUCUAUUUCGGUUUCACUUCCUUCAAGAAAGAUGGGUAAAGACACUGUGUCUUCAUCGUCGUCUCAUGCUGCUGUCAGGAAGACAUUAGGAACUACUGCUAUUACUGAGUUGAAUGAUCAAGAAACAGCUAUCCCGCCUUUAUCUCCACCGGGAAUGGACGAGACGAUCUCAUGAUCGGAAUGUCUGGGAAUUUUGAUUUACUAAUUUGUUGAGUUUUUAUGAUUGAUUAAAAAAAAAAUCAUUGGAAGAGAAAAUGAGUCUGAUUUACUGCAAAUUAAUGUUAGUGUGUAUACACAGAGAAAGGAGAGUCUCAUUAAAACUCGUUAUUGAAUCACAAUUAUGUAUAUUAGUAAUAGUAAUAUUAGUAAUUUGCAAGCCAUUGCAUUUGCAUUAUUCCUUAUACA